AUGGCUGUGGCAUAUUCUCUACCAUCUGACUUGUCUCCGGCAACUGUCACGAAUACUUCCUCACUGCUGCGGAUCAUAGCCCUCGCACUCAUUUCCGGAGCUGCUAUUGCCUCUCGUCUCUUUGCUGUCAUCAACUUUGAAAGUAUAAUCCAUGAAUUUGAUCCAUGGUUCAACUAUCGCGCAACAAAAGUACUUGCGGCUAAAGGAUUUUAUGAAUUCUGGAACUGGUUCGAUCCUACCGCGUGGUAUCCGUUAGGCCGUGUAGUCGGAGGUACAAUAUAUCCCGGUCUGAUGGCGACAAGUGGAGUCAUCUACAAUAUACUGCAUGCACUCAAUCUACCGGUUGACAUUCGCAACAUCUGUGUGUUGCUUGCCCCCGGCUUCAGUGCUUUCACAGCUUGGUCUACCUACAUGUUCACGAAAGAGUUGAAGGACGAAAGUGCUGGCCUCCUUGCUGCUGCGUUUAUCGGUAUUGUCCCUGGAUAUAUCUCCCGUUCAGUAGCGGGCUCGUACGACAAUGAGGCUAUUGCUAUCUUUCUCUUGAUGAUCACAUUCUUUUUCUGGAUCAAGGCACUCAAGACAGGCAGCGCAUUCUUUGGAACCUUGGCUGCCCUUUUCUACUUCUAUAUGGUUGCUGCAUGGGGUGGCUAUGCCUUCAUCACAAACAUGAUACCUCUCCAUUCUUUCGCCCUAAUCUGCAUGGGACGCUUUAGCAACCGUCUUUACGUUGCCUACUCUUCUUGGUACGCAAUUGGCACGCUCGCAAGUAUGCAGGUGCCGUUCGUUGGUUUCCAGCCAGUGCGCACUAGCGAGCAUAUGGCCGCCUUAGGAGUAUUCGGGUUCCUGCAGAUCGUCGCUUUUGCCGAACUUGUGCGGUCACACGUCUCUUCGAAGCAGUUCCAGAGUCUCCUGUUUGCGUCCGUGAUUGCUAUGGGUGUGUUAGGUGUCGCGGCAAUUGGCGGCCUCACUUACAAAGGCUGGAUUGCCCCUUGGACCGGAAGAUUCUACUCUCUUUGGGAUACUACUUACGCAAAAAAGUAUAUUCCUAUCAUUGCUUCCGUCUCUGAGCAUCAACCAACAGCAUGGCCAGCAUUCUUCAUGGACUUGCAAUUCCUCAUAUUCGUCUUCCCUGCAGGUGUGGUACUGUGUUUCCGUGAGCUCCGUGACGAGCAUGUCUUCGUGAUCAUCUAUGCUGUUGUCGCCAGCUACUUUGCAGGUGUUAUGGUCCGUCUGAUGCUUACACUCACACCCGUCGUUUGCGUCGCCUCUGCGAUCGCGAUUUCCUCGUUAUUGGACACAUACAUUGACCCUACCGAACCUGAAGUGCUGGAGGAAAAUGAGGGCCGCGCGGAGCCUACACAGGCGCAAACUGCUACCAAUGCCGCUUCUACUGCCGUCUCCCCGAAGUCGGGUUCUUCUACCGGCGCGAAGAAAGCUAAAAAGUCUUCCCCUGUGCCCCCGGCUGAUCCCAUCUCCGACAUCAUGUCCACCGUCUCUGCGGCGGUGAAUCCGUCGAAGAAAGAUGCAAAGGCGCGCGGCAUCUUUGGCCUCGACACCCGUCUUGUCGUCGUCUUCAAUGCCCUCGGCAUGCUGUUCUUCUUCGUGUUGCACUGCACCUGGGUAACUGCCAACGCUUACUCGUCACCAUCCGUCGUACUUGCCUCACAGAAUCCGGACGGCAGUCAGCAUAUCAUUGAUGAUUUCCGCGAAGCCUACUACUGGCUGAGACAAAAUACUCCGGAGGACGCUGUGGUGAUGAGCUGGUGGGACUAUGGUUACCAGAUUGCAGGCAUGGCUGACCGGCCUACCCUGGUAGACAACAACACAUGGAACAACACGCAUAUCGCUACUGUUGGGAAGGCGAUGUCCAGCAGCGAGGAAGUGGCGUACCCGAUCCUGCGCAAGCACGAUGUUGAAUACGUUCUCAUAAUUUUCGGAGGGCUGUUGGGCUAUUCGGGCGACGACAUCAAUAAGUUCUUGUGGAUGGUCCGGAUUGCUCAGGGUGUUUGGCCCGAUGAGAUCCAGGAGCCGAACUACUUCACUGCAAAGGGUGAAUACAAGGUCGAUGAGGGUGCCUCGCCGGCGAUGAAGAACAGUUUGAUGUACAAAAUGUCGUACUAUCGAUUCCCUGAGCUAUUCGGAGGAAACCAGGCUGUUGACCGCGUUCGUGGCCAGCAGAUUCCCAAGACAGGACCGACAUUGGACUACUUGGACGAGGCAUUUACUUCAGAAAAUUGGAUUGUCCGUAUCUAUCAAGUCAAGAAAGAGGACUUACUGGGACGAGAUCUAAAAAGCGCAAACGCAUUUGCGCAAGGCAAGAAGAGAAAGAGAGCCAGGCCUCCAACGAGGAGAAAAGCUGUUGCUCUGUAG